AUGGUACGUGCCACGUUCUGUUGAACACGCCCCCGACUCUGCAGAACAAGCCGGCGUACCUCCCUCGCUCGUCGCGCACGUCACGGCCCACACGCUCGCGAACCAAAACGCGCGCCCACGAACAACAUCCUCGCCCUGCCAGAUCACCCACCCGUAUACACCCUACUGAUACUCACGUGUACGACUCUUUCCCCACAGGGCGUCUCAUUCAGCAUGCUCUUCAACAAGCUCUGGUCGCGCCAAACCGAAGUGCGGAUAUUGAUGUUGGGCCUCGAUUCGGCGUAAGUGGGCCGUGUUGAACUGUCACACUCCUACGGUCAUCCCCCAUGUUCACCCCACUGACGAUCAUCCGUAUUCUUGGUUCAUCCUCACCGCAUCAUCUUUCGUCAUCGCCUGCCUUCCCCCCCGUUCCACCCACCCACAGCGGCAAGACAACAAUUCUCUACCGGAUGCAGAUCGGCGAAGUCGUCACCACGAUCCCGACCAUCGGAUUCAACGUCGAGACCGUGCAGUACAAAAACAUCAAGUUCCAGGUGCGUGCCCACCGUUACUCAACGAAGCGUGCCCCUCCUCGAGGCUGACCUUGCAUCUCGGCGCAACGCGCGUAGGUGUGGGAUCUGGGAGGACAGACGUCGAUCCGGCCGUAUUGGAGAUGUUACUACGCCGAUACCAAGGCCGUCGUCUACGUCGUCGACUCGUCUGAUCGGGAACGGCUCGGCAUCAACAAGGCCGAACUGCUGGCCAUGCUGGCCGAGGACGAACUGGCCGAUGCCAAACUGCUCGUCUUUGCCAACAAGCAGGUCAGUCCGCUCCUCCGACUAGCGUGUUAUUUCCAUGUAUCCUAACCGAGCUCGAUUCGGCUAAUCCAGGACCAGCCGGACGCGUUAACCCCGGCCGAGGUUUCGGAAGGGUUAGGACUGGACACGCUCAAGGAUCGGCAGUGGAGCAUCCACAAGAGUUGCGCGAUCAAGGGCGAAGGGUUAGAGGAAGGCCUCGACUGGUGAGCAACCGUGCCAAACUUGGCGAAAUCCCGAGUCGUGAACACUCACUUGUGAUUGUUUUCCUCCCUGAUAGGCUCGCCACGGCGCUUUCUUCGAAAUGA